AUGUACAGUGAGCAGACUGCAGGGGCAGCCCAGUGACGCAGCCUCCUGAUCUAGCAGCACUUCAGUUUAUGCUGAUCCAGAGGAGAACAGAACAUAUGACAUCUGUGAUUAGUACCUGGCUAUAGCACUCAUUCACAGUGAUUUCUCACAGGACCCUCACAGCUCCCUCGGUCACCAUGACGACAUCACUUGCAGAGGAUGGCUUCUCGAGAGGAGACAAUCUUAGGCAAGCAGAAGAUGACAUAUUUUAUAUGUACGGUUCUACGACUACUCACGUCACUGAAGAAACAGAAUAUGUUCGAAAGAUUCGAAAUACACUGGAGAAAAUACAAAGCCAGCUGUUUAAAGAUGAUGUAAAUGGAAAAACACUAAACUCCACACAGGAUAAGAUUUCUUCUCACUUACAAAAUGACUGCAGUUUAGAUGAUCUGCAGUCAUUUGCCUCAAGAUAUAAGAGGAUUAUUGAGAACCUAAAUAAUAAAGAUGAAGAGCUGGUUGAAAUGAACAAAGAAAAUGAAGAUCUGCAGAUAAAGCUAGAAGCUACACGUGAAGCGGGGGCGAGUGUUGUAAGAAGCACAACACGAAGACUGUAUGAAAAUUACAGCAAACAGUCAGAUCAACUGAGAAAAGCUCAUAAGGACGAGACACAGAAAAUGCAGGUCUCUGCUGCUGAACAUGAAGAGACACUGAAGAAAAGUGUAGACAAACUUAAUGAGGUGGCGGAAAAAAUCCAAGAAAAGCACGGUCGCAUAACAGAGUUGGAAAACCUAAUGCAUAGAAUGGAAGCUGAAAAGGCCUCUCUGCUAGACAAGAAACGUUCACUAGAAAAUGAGCUUUUACGGAGAAUGUCAAGUUAUGGAAAUACAAAUAGUUGUGUAGCUAUGCAAACAGAGAUCUGCACACUCCAAGAACAGGUAAAUCACCUGCAGCAGUUAAUGAUGUCUCAGCACCAGUCUCUGCGCUGUUUAAUCCAAGAGAGUGAAGAAUUAAAGAGUCGAUUAAAGGAACAAGAUGAAAGAAUUGGUGAUCUGAAGGAAAGAGUUGAUUGUCUUGAACACCAGAAUAAAGAGCUAAAGCAAAAAGUUGGAAAUCUUUCUAACCAAAAUACAGCCAAAGCGUCAAAAGGAAUAUCUGUAAAUGAGUUCAUGUUGGAUAGAAUGUCUCCUUACUACAUGCUUCUAAGUCAAAAACAUAAAGCAGAGAAAAGCUGAUAAAGAUUUUUGAAUGAACCAAGAAAAGCACGAAGAGUUCCUCAUUUCCGGAAAUGCAUUUCACACGCGUUUUAUGAACAUGUCAGAUGAUCAGUACAAUGACCAUAAAUUCCUCAUUGUAUACGUUACUUUGUACAGAACACUUGUGACCAUCGCUGUCCAACAAAGUCACAGAAAGUGUUGCACUGCAAUUGCGUUGUUUGUGCUAAUGGUGCUAACAUUUCACGUAAAUAUAUUAAGAAUGUUAAGAAAACGCAGAAUAGUGCUGGAAAGAAGUGAAUUUUCACUGCACUUCAUUGGUAUUAAUCAUUAUUAUUAUUUCUAUUUAUUAUUAUUUUUUAAUCAUCCUAAUAAUAAUUAUAAUAAUCUUGUGAGAAUACAAUCAUUUUGGCAUUUGAGGAACCCAAAAGGAUAUGUUUUAGAUUUCAUAUGAACAACUACACAGAACAAAGUGACGGAGAACACACUCUUCACUUUCACAGUUGAAAGGUUUAUAUUUUCCUGAUUAUUAAUUAGUGAUAAAACUAUUAAAUGGGCAUUGUAAGUCAUGGUGCCAUAUUUAGAAUUUUCCAUUCCUUGUGGUGUUUUAACUGUUAAACACACAAACCAUAUGUUGUUGUUUUUUCAGCAGACUAUAUCAUUUCAGAAGAUAGCUUUUCAUUGCAUAUACAGUAAAUAUUUUGUAAUUUUUUGUUCUUUGUUUUUACCAUUCACCUUUCUAAAACUCCAAAACUUUAAAUUAUGUUCCUAGAUUUUUUUUUAGUAAAAAUUUAAAAUGAGAUGAUAUUUUUUUUAUUUUUUUUUGCAAUGUUUUGCAAUCUUACACUUUAUGGGGAAGUAAAGUAAAAAUAAAAUAUCUUGCUAUAUAACUGUUGAGGCACAAAAUUCCUAUCACAUAGAAGAGCAUCAAUGUUUUAUGGCAGUGUUUGUAUGCUCUGACUUCACAGCAAACCUGCUUAGCACACGAAAACUAAAAUAUUUUCACCAAUAAUUCAUCUUCUUUAAAACCAUAACCUCUUUUCUUUCCUAUGGCAUAGAGAGUCCAUGAAACAUUCUAAUUACUAGUGGGAUAUUCGCUU